GCUCGCUUGCUCCCGGGCUGGCGCAGGGAAGGUUGCCCCCCUUGCUCUUCGGCUGGCCACACCGGCGACUGAAUAGCAGCUGAGCUCGUUGCCUGAAGUGCGUAUGGAGUCCCAAGGGCGGCUAGAGGAUUUGAAGGGGGCGCAGGAGCCCGGCGUCGCCUUCGAAGCUCGGCUUCCCUCGUAAAAGGAAAUAAAAAAGAUAAUCUCAACUGGCAUUUUUGGUCUGAGGAGAACCUGCUGAGAAUUAGGAAGGAGUUGUGGCAUUAAGGAAUUAAGUUGAACAUUACUCUGCUAGCAGUUAAAAAAAAAUGCCUGUAACAGACCAGGCUUUUGUGACUCUUGCCACUAAUGAUGUUUAUUGCCAUGGAGCUCUGGUUCUUGGACAAUCCUUGAGAAAUCAUAAAACAUCUAGAAGACUGGCAAUACUAAUUACACCGCAAGUCUCUAGGGAAAUGAGGGCUGCCCUCAGGACCAUCUUUGAUUCCGUGGUUGAUGUUAAAGAAAUUGACAGCAAUGAUUUGGUGCACUUGACUCUCCUGAAGAGGCUAGAACUGGGUGUAACCUUUACCAAACUGCAUUGCUGGACUCUUACUCAGUAUAGCAAAUGUGUCUUCAUGGAUGCAGACACAUUGGUGCUUUGUAAUGUUGAUGAACUCUUUGAGCGGGAAGAAUUAUCAGCAGCUCCAGAUUCUGGUUGGCCAGACUGCUUUAACAGUGGUGUCUUUGUUUUCCAACCUUCUUUGAAAACCUUCAAACAUCUUCUCCAGUUUGCCAGUGAACACGGUAGUUUUGAUGGAGGUGAUCAGGGAUUGUUAAACAGUUUUUUCAGCAGCUGGGCAACCAAAGAUAUAAAUAAACACUUGCCAUUUAUCUAUAAUCUAAGCAGCAGCACUGUCUAUACAUAUGCCCCUGCUUUCCAGCAUUUUGGUAAAGAUACAAAGGUGAUUCAUUUUUUGGGACCAGCAAAACCCUGGAACUACAAGUACAACCCCCAGACAAGAACAGUUACACCAAAUGAUUCAGCUUCUGUAUCUGAAAAUCAACUGCCAUUCCUAGAACUUUGGUGGAUAACAUACAAAUCCAGUGUAUUACCAUUACUGGAAAAAAUUCAGGAGCCUCCAAUUCAGCAAAAGGAGCCUGAAAGGAACAAUGAUGAGGUGACAUCUGAAAGCGAAAAUCCUCUUAUCAACAAUUCUUUGCCAGCCUCAACAAAUACAAGAUAUAUUUCAGAAUCUGUUGUAAAUACAUCCUGUGAGUUUUCUGCCAAAAAUAAUAUGGCUGUAAAGAAAGAUGAAUGCAGUCUUGAAAGUGAUACUGUUGAUCCAAGCAAAUCCAUCACGGAAUUGUCUCUUCAGCUUGUUCCUCUCCAGACUAUGAAUGAAUUUGUCAGCCCUGUUGCAGAGGUGACUAUUCAGCCGGAGGCAAAGGAAUCAAGUGCAGAAGAUGAACGAAGGAAGUGGGAGGAGGGCCAUAUUGAUUAUCUAGGAAAAGAUGCUUUCGAAAACAUCAAGAAGAAGUUAGAUGCUUUUUUAUUAUAGGUGUUUUUUCUUAUCCUUAUUGCAAUUGGUCUGUUUACAUUUGCAGAGCAUGCAAAACCUUCAGGAUUAUAUCUUUUGCUUUGGUGAAAGGGAAAUUUUGGCAAAAAUAGGUUUUCUGACAUGACUAAACUUGCAAGCCUAGAUAAAUAUGUAUUUGCCAGUAUUUACUUUCAAAGAAUGAAAUGCAUGGAACUUUUAAGCUUUCCUUUUGCUGAGUCAAACUUUGGUUCAACUUCUCCAGAACCUUCCUUAGCUUAGGAAUAGCCUCUACAGCCUUGCAUCCUGUAAACUUUCUAGCUAGAAAAUUAAUCUGAAACUAUGAUAAACGGCUUCAUACUUGUAGAUCAAAUACAUUUUUCAUACUAGAUUUGGCAUGGAAGAGGGUAUAAAAAACUUGAAAGUAAAAGACGCAAACACAACAGGGCUAAUAAGCACACAUAAGGGCAUGAUCCAAAUAUAUGGGUAUGGAGGAUUUUAUCUCUGGGUAUGGAGGAUUUUAUAGGUUUGAUAAAACCUUGCCUAUCCUUACCUUAUUAAUGGAAGACUAUAUAUCAUGCUGUACUUUAACUGAAAUUCAGCUGGCUAGGAACUCUUACGCAUUAUACUGUCAAUAUUUUUGGAAGAGGUCUACACAUAUUAAUCUAUUACAUCCUAACUUAGAGCAGCUUGUAGCAUCUUAAGUCAUGUGUCAUUGUACUAUAAGUCUCUGAACUGAAGCCCAUUUCAUCAGAUGCAGGAAGGCAAAAGAAUAUUUCAUCUGGUUAAUUGACAGCUCACCAUUGGUACAAUUAAACGGGGCAUUCAACAGUGUUUGUAAUAGAAACUUAGUCACAUUGAAUUCAAUGGGCCACUUUUUUCUUUUAUUGGUAAUGUGCAUUUUUUUAUUUACUGUCAAAUGGUUAAUUCUUGAUAAAAUUAUAACUUUAUAGCCUUUUUACCUAGGAGUAUUUAAAAUUAUUAAAUUUUAACAUUGAAUCUUAGGAUAACUUGUUCCAAAGCAUUAUGCACAGUUGAAUCACUAAAACCCUUAUGUAUCCAUUGAGAUGAUUACCAAAACUAAAGCGAACCUUUUAUCUGUUAGAACAUUUGAAAUAUAUUUGUUGUGUCCUCUAAGUUUUUUUUUGUAAUUUUCUGUCCCUGUUUUAGGUUGCAGCCCUAAAUCACAGAUUUAUUUAAUAGUUUCUUCAAGAAGUUUACUUUUGCAUGCAAGGAGGUGUCAGUGUUACAUAAUUUAUGUUUUUCCACCGACUUUUAUUUCUUUUUAAUUUUGAUUUGAUACUUUCUGAUUUUGUAAAUAUUUAGUAAAGAUUCUACCUUAUAAUUUCCAUUUUUUUCUUCAUUUUUGUAAUGCAGUAGUUUAUCAAAUAAACAUUUUAUAUUCUUGAAA